AUGUGUCAUAAUGGUGGCAUUGAAUCGUAUUGUUAUGAAGAAUUAGAAGCUAACGGAGGUUUAACAGAUAUUCCGGGUCCCACUCUACCACCUUCUCCUUAUGUUGGAACUUUCAGAUCAACUUUCACCUUUUCAGCGUAUGACACUUACGACACUGGUAUUGACAAGUCAAACAUAAAAUGCCAGCAAUACCAAAUCUUUGAUGAUUAUCAGAAUACUUGCAAAAAUUUCACAUGCUUUCCCGGGAAGCUACUGCGAAAUGACACAUGCGUUUCCUUGCUGAUGGAGGCGUCUAAUUUACGUUAUACUUGGGCCUUAAAGCUCGAGUUCAUUAACCUUGCAUUGAUUAACACAACGGUUAAAGAAUCGAUAACCAAAAUAAGGAAUUUCAUUUCCCAAAAUAUCCAUAUCCUAUUCAACACUUAUGUCUUUGUUGAGGAUUUCAUAUCAAUGAGUAGAAUCGGCUGCAGUGAUGUAUUUUCGAAGAACGGAGAAGUGUUGUUGUACUUAAAAAUGUUCAUAAAUGACACUGUUAAUAGAGAUGAGAUGGAACAUAAACUACUCAGUUUCACUGACAGUCGUGUUGAUUGGAAUUUGUCAGAUAUGUUAGCACAGGAUUGGAAUGGAUCUAUUAUGAACGUUAGAGUUUCAAGAAGUCCACAAUCCUUAUUCUUGCCUUCGUUUUUGUGGAAACUUGACAAAAAGACCCACUGCUUCGUCCAGGCAGAAAACUUGAGUCACGGUCCGGCAGUCUACAGAAAUGUGCUGGUAAACCCGAUGUUGACAUGCAAACAAGUUAUUGUGAAGGACGGUGACUUUGGAGUAGCUUGGACAAAGAUAGGGACGAAAUAUUCUUUCUUAGGCUUCAGUCUUUCCUCUCAUCAAUUUGUCUCGUCUGACAGUGGUGGGGUACGCGUGUGCGCAGAAGAAAUACCAUUCUACACAAAGACAACGACGGUAUCGAAAAACGACCUGUCACCGAUAUUAAUCGUAACCCUCGUUUGCAUUAUCAUUUCUUUAAUCUGCUUGAUCAUAACAUUUGUGACAUACUGUAUGUUCUCAAGUCUUAGAACCCUGCCUGGAAUGAACAACAUGUGUCUGGUCGUUUCUCUGUUUUUAGCGCAAUUGCUCAUGAUAAUAAGACCCUCUUUCCGAUCAACAUGGUUAUCCAUAGUUUCCGCCUUGUUGCAUUUUUCUUGGCUCUCCACGUUUCUUUGGUUACAAGUCUGCUCCUUUCAUGUAUUUCGUGUCUUCAGUGCAAAAGGUCAAUCUGACUUUCUUGGACGGCAAAGCAGAAAAAUUGUUAUCAAAUAUUCAAUUUACGCAUACGGCAGUUCCGCAGUUAUAGUUCUGACUAAUAUCGUCAUCACAUUGAUCGUCACGAAUGGAGAAAAUACGGGAUAUGAUAAAACAUCCGCUUUGAUGACGUAUUCAGUGGCAUUCAUUGCCACUCUUAUAGUCCCAUUAGCACUUGUUUGCAUGACAAACAUUGUGUUUUACAUCUUCACUGCGUAUAAGAUAUAUUCUACCCCCAAAAUAGAAAAGACAACCGGAAGUAGGGUUCACUUCAGUGUGUAUGUGAAGUUAUUUACCUUGACGGGGCUGUCUUGGAUUCUACAGAUAAUAGAUACCUUUCUGGAGAUGUCCAUCUUAUCGUAUCUUGUUGCUAUCCUCAACGGCUUACAGGGUUUGUUUCUAAUGAUCAGUUAUGUAUGUAAUGGGCGAGUUUGGAGGAUGUACAUGAAAGCGUGUUGCAAGACGCCUUCCGAUCGGGAUAUCUCAAAAGCGAGUACGAAAACAGACGUCACGAAAAUAUAACCCACUGUAAAACAAAUUCAAAUUUUGAACUGUUGAUAUAUUUUCAGUUGAUGGCGAUUGUCCUAAACGUGUUUUAAGCACACAUAACAUUUGUCAAUUUUCCUAGUAUUUCAUAUACUUGCUGAUAAAUCAAGGAUAUUCUGCUUGUUGUUGUUAUUUGAAUCAUGGUUCUAAGAUUUGAUCGAGUGGCUUUGAAAUUUUUUAUGGUUGAUUGGUUGUGUGGAGGACUUUAUCUUGGAUGUGAUUUUUAGUAUUAUUGUCUUACUACUGGUUAAUCAUGUAGGAACAUGGGCGGAGUCAAUGAAAAUGACAACUUCUUAUAUACUUACACUCGUACGAUAGAAUUGCUGUGAGUUUUGAAGGUAGAAUUUAGUGUACACUGUACAAUUCUUUUGAUAUUUGCCA